UUGCUUAUUUUCAGCUGCAUGAGUACAAGCCUUCAACCCACCGUAUUUUUCGACUGAACAACAUUGCAAAAGCUCUAAAAUUUUUGGAAGACAGCAAUGUAAAGCUGGUUAGCAUUGAUGCAGCUGAAAUAGCAGAUGGAAACGCCUCUAUGAUAUUGGGUCUGAUAUGGAACAUAAUCUUGUUUUUUCAGAUUAAGGAACUCACAGGCAACCUCAACAGGAACUCUUCCUCUUCUAGCCUGUCAUCGGGGCCCAGUGGCCCUGAUUCAGACACCUCCCAUCCCAACACGCCUAAUGUGGAGAGAAGCAUGUCCGUUGGAGUGAAGGAUCAGCGGAAAGCCAUCAAAGCCAUUUUAACCUGGGUUCAAAGGAAAACAAGGAAGUAUGGCGUUGCAGUUCAGGACUUUGCCAGCAGUUGGCGAAGUGGCCUUGCAUUUCUGGCUGUCAUCAAAGCAAUAGAUUCUAACUUGGUGGACAUGAAGCAAGCUUUGGAAAAAACAGCCCAGGAAAACUUAGAGGAUGCCUUUACUAUUGCGCAAGACCAUCUUGGUAUUCCUAGAUUGCUGGAGCCAGAAGACAUCAUGGUUGAGUCACCCGAUGAACAGUCAAUUGUGACCUAUGUGGCACAGUUUUUGGAGCAUUUCCCAGAACUGGAAAGGGAAGAUUUUUCAGAUCUAGACAAGGAGUUUCCGGUUGAAUCUACUUAUGUCCAUCUCAAGGAGUCACCAGGGGAUGAAAAACAAGGGAAGGUUUUAAUUCUGAAUGAAAAUGGAGAACACACAUAUACUCCUGUCCUAAACAGAAGUCACUCACCACCACCCAAAAUCCACAUCCUUAGCUUACCCCUCGAUCAGGAGAACCAAGAACUUAAUGAUAAUCAGGAUCACUCACUGUCUAAUCAUCCAGAGACUUUGAGAGGAGAACUCCAGAGGCCGAGCUCACUGCCCAUAACAGAACCUAUUGGUUUUCAGCCUGGUCCUAAUGCUGACAUUCUCACCAAAAAUGUGAACAGAUCUGAAGGGAAUCAACGGAGGAUGAGUGAACCCCUGACACACAAUGAGGAGAAUUCCCCAACCAUUCUUAUGUAUCGCACCCAUUCUCUUGAACCAGUUGACACUGAAGAGUCAAAACCAACCAGUGAAACAAAAGAAACACCCGAGAGAAGGACUCGUUCCUUACCUUGGACUUCAAAUUCACCUAAAAACGUACAAGAGCAUCAAACAAAGGAGCCUGAGCAUCCGAUUUUAGUUUCUCAAGAGGAAGAGAGUGCCCAUAAAUAUGUAUUACAAAUGUUGCAUGAGGAAAUAUCAAAGUUUCCAGAAAAUCAUGAGCCUGCAAAGCAAGUGGCAGACAAGAACAAGAUACCUAAUUCUUGCCAGGAAAUAGAUGAGCCUGAUUUCAGCGAUACUUCUGAGAAAUCAUGUCCAUCUGAAUGUUUUUCUUUACCAAUCAGAAACACUCCCAAGAGUCUAGAUAUUACCAGUGAAGAUGUGUCAGUGAGUGUGAAGCCACCAAAUACUUCUAAAGUUUCUGUAAUUCCCCAUGACCUCUUCUAUUAUCCACACUAUGAUGUUCCCAUUUCAGAAGUGCUGGAUGCCUUUGCCACACCAAACCAAGACAUAGAUCCAGAUCCGUCCCUUUCAGAAAACAAUAAAAUCUGUGCUGAGCUCAUUGUAAAUUGCUUAGCUGACAAAGAGACACAUAGUUUAAACUUUGAGGAGGACAUUCUUCAGUCAAGUCUAUACACCAAUACAAAGGAUGUGCCAGCAACAAUAGAGGAUAAAGGACUAGAAAAGCAGAAGAAAGAUUCUCAUAAUCAUAAGAAGUCUUCUCAGAACAAGACUGUUCCUGCAGGGAAGAAUGUGUGCCUGAAAACAAACAGUAGUGUAGCCUCUGUUCAGAAAGAUUCUGGUCACCCAGCUAUCCCUGUGAUUGUGGUGAACCAGUUUGAUAUUGCAGUUGAAGAAAAAAAACUGCCAGAAGAAAAAAGUAAAAAGAAAGAGAAACGGAAAAACAAGGCAGUUUUGCAAGGAGAAAACCCCCAGAGUCCAAAAGCUUGCUCUACUCGGUUACUAGAUAAGCAAGAAGAAGAACCUGUGGACCAUCAGGGACUUUCAAGAAUUAGCCAUAGUGAUCCCAAUGUUGUUUUCCAAAGAUACGUUUCUGAUUCUACCUGUAAGGAAAAUGGUGGUGCUGAUCUACAAAUAAGCACAACUGCAAGUGAAAGCACAAAUCCUUCUAUCAGGAAGAGAAAAGACACUGAAAAGAAAGAAGCUCCAGAAAAGUCCAGCUCACAUAUUACUUCUUCACGGACAGACCAACCUGAGCUCUUUUACUUCAUAAUUUUCCUCUGGGUACUUGUCUACUGCUUAAUGCUCCUUCCACAGCUUGUUAGCAGCGCACAUUGAUCUCUGUGAGUGAGUCAGAAUAAUAAAAGAUAGCAGCUUGAUGUGUUUUGUUUAUGUGCCCCCUAAAUCCUUCAGGAAAAAGAAACAUUAGCCAAAAUGGCAAAGUCUGGGUUCAGAGCCUAAAAAGAACCCUGCGGGAUCGGACCAAAAACCAAUCUAGGCUGGUUUUGUCUUCUCAGGGUUGACAACCAAAUUUCUUUGAGGGGCAGGACUUGUGGGUAAUAGCACUACCUUGCUCAUGUCCCUGAGCAACUGGGAUACAAAGAUAUAUUGUGUCAUGUACUAGAGGUAACAGAGAGCCAUCACUAUUUGUAGCCAUGGAUAGCCAAAUUGUCUAUGAAUCUAUUCAGUCUCAUUUUAAAACCAUUUAUAUAAGUGGCCUAAAAUAUAUUUUGUGAAGGAUUAAUUUUUUAGCUAUCCUAAAAAACGAAUCCUUCACAAAGCAUCCAUCUUUGUUGGAUGCUUCCAAGCUCUACUAUUGUGAAAGAAACGUCUCCUUGUCUGCUUUAUCCGCACAUCAUAUUUUAUACACCUCUAUCAUUUUCAUUUCCUGGGGAAAAAAAACACCCAAGACAUUGAGACUUUCCUUGAUAGAAUUCAGAUUUCAUUCCAAGAGGGUUCUUAAUUUGUUUACUAUUGUAACCUGAUAUAUUAUGAAAACCAGCACAUUUGACUUUGUGUACAUAUAUUAUAUAUUUAUAUAUUGAUAGAUAGAUCUAUAUAGAAUGAAGUCACUGAGCUGAUAAUUCACAAUUUUGUAUGUCUGUGCCUUGCUUUAUAGAAUGCUAAAAAUGUCUAAUCUUUUAGGGGGAACCUAGAUUUUGAGUGUUCUAGUCCUCAAAAAUCAUUCUUAUAAUUCUAAUUUAUCUAUAGCCAUGAAAUCUGCCAAAUGCAUAUGUGUUUAUAUAUGUAUGUAUGUGGGUUUUUUUAAAAAAUGUUAGCUUCCUAUUAGAUGUUUGUGGUUGGAAAAGGUUGCCAUUCCUUGAUUAAAAUUUAUGUGGUUUUUUUAAAAAAAUGUGAUCUAGCAUAUUGAGCAAUUUAAGUUAUGACAGAAAAAUCAGAACUGGUCAUAGCGCUAGCUACAUCAGUAAUAUGAGCUGUGAUUCAAGAACACAGUUUAGCCAUCUUGAUAUUAAUGUAUAUGAAAAGUAAAUAGGUAUAAACAAAAGUGAAGGAGGAACUUGAUUAAUUUUCAGUUGAAAUGUAUAAGGGUUAAAUCUUGUGUCUUUGAGUUAGGAAUGGGAGGGAGAGUGAGGGCAGAAACCCCUACUUUUAUAGAUGGGCAGGGGCAUCCUAUCAAUAUAGGAAAUCCAGCAUGGUUCAGUGGCCUGAGGUUGGACUAUGACUCUGGAGACCCUUGGGUGACCUGGCCAAGCCACAAAGCCUCAGAAAAA